AUGACUUGGACUAACCCCCUGGCCCUCCUCCGUAGGACCUUGUUGGGACGUAAGGAGAGAGAGAGCACUGAAAGGACGCUGGUGUCCAACCUGCCUUACGAGGGCCUAAAAAAGAAAGAGCAGCCGAACCGUCACUUCAAAGGAAAUUCCAUCAAAACCACCAAGUAUACCUUUUGGUCUUUCCUUCCUCUGAACUUGAUAGGACAAUUCCGGCGAGUUGCCAACAUAUAUUUUGUGGGUCUCGCGGUGCUAAAUUUUGUCCCUGUGGUGAAUGCGUUCCAGCCUGAGGUCGCCCUCAUACCCAUAUGUAUCAUUCUGGCUUUGACUGCUGUCAAAGAUGGCUGGGAAGAUUUCAGGAGGUACCAGACUGACCGCAAGCUGAAUAACACGCCCUGCCUUGUUUUCAGCAGGAGAGAAAUGAGAUACGUGGAGAAGCGAUGGAAGGAUGUGAGAGUGGGGGACUUUGUGAAAGUGCUUUCCAAUGAGGUCAUCCCCGCAGACAUCCUUCUCCUGCACACAUCUGACCCUAAUGGAGUGUGCCACAUGGAGACAGCCAAUCUUGAUGGAGAAACUAACCUGAAGCAGAGGAAGGUGGUGCCUGGUUACUCUGCCAUGAAUUCUCCAUUUGACCCUGUAAAAUUCAACUGCACUGUCACAUGUGAGAAGCCUGACAAAAACCUCAAUACAUUCAAUGGUUACCUAGAAACGACUGAUAAUAGAAAACUGGGCUUUGGCAUUGACAGUCUGCUGCUACGAGGAUGCACAAUAAGAAAUACAGAUGAAUCAUCAGGAAUUGUGGUCUAUGCAGGUCAUGAGACCAAAUCCAUGUUAAACAACAAUGCACCCAGAUACAAGCGGAGUAAGCUGGAGAGGAAGUUGAACGCUGAUGUUGUCUUCUGUGUGAUUAUGCUCUUCGCCAUGUGUCUCGUUGGAGCUCUGGGUCACACUAUCUGGUUGGAAACUUUCCCCAGCGCCCCUCAUAUUUUCAUUCCAGAGGGUAAGAACGAGCACAUCUCUUCAGUGCUUGCAGGAGUCUACAUGUUCUUCACCAUGAUCAUCUUACUACAGGUCAUUAUCCCCAUCUCUCUCUAUGUGUCCAUUGAGUUGGUGAAGAUGGGACAGAUCUUUUUCAUCUCUCAGGACAUUGACUUGUACGACAGUGAGACGGACACCCAAGUCCAGUGUCGGGCUCUGAACAUUACAGAGGACUUGGGACAGAUUGAGUACGUUUUCUCUGAUAAGACCGGAACACUCACUGAAAACAAAAUGGUGUUUCGGAGGUGCACCAUCAUGGGUACUGAAUAUUCUCACGAUGAGAACGCAAUACGCCUAGCAGUGCUUAGUGAGACAGAGAGUGAAGAGGAGGUCACCCUUUACCAACAGCGAAAUUUGCCACCUCUUUUCUCGAUGGACGAGGAUGAUGAGGUCUCGUCGGUUGUGAGCGUAUGCAAUGGUGCUAGGACCAGUGUCGAUAAUCAUCACAGACCAAAGGUCCCGACAAGUCCCCAGAGUGACUUGGCCUUCAGCAGUCCGCUGGAAACUGAGGUUACGCCUGACAAAAACCUCCAACAAGAAAUCCAGGAUGCAAACCGUCAGAUGGUGGAGAGCCACGGCCGCACGUGUGAGUUCUACCCGAAUGAGCCCUACCUGGACUUUUUUCUGACUCUCGCCAUCUGCAACACGGUGGUGGUUUCCACGGCAACAGCCCAGAGACAGAGGGGCAGAGGGCGUCGGAAAUCCACUCCCUCAACGGGUGCACCUGAAGGCCUGUUUGGGAAGGUGUUCUCCAGCCUGUCCAUCAAAGGAAAACAGAAGUCACCUGCUAACCCUUUUUCAUUGGAUGACGAAGGGUCUGAGGACAUCGCUACUAUCACCAGUGACAUGGGUGUUGCUGAGAUCAACCAUUCCAAGCAGGAAAAGGUCAACGGUAGCUCAGUCAGGAACAGAAGUGCUUCGGGUCACAGACAGAGCAGUCGGGCAGGUCCUGACGAGGUAUGUUACGAGGCGGAGAGUCCAGACGAGGCAGCUCUGGUACAUGCAGCCAAAGCCUAUGGCUUUAUCUUGAAGGAGCGUACUCCAAACCAUGUGUCAGUCGGGCUCCCGGAUGGAGGGGAGCUAAAAUUUGAGGUGUUAGAUGUCCUGACCUUUGACUCCACUCGGAAGAGGAUGUCAGUGCUGGUGCGUCACCCUUACACCAAAGAAAUCAUACUGUACACUAAAGGAGCUGACUCUGCCAUCAUGGACCUACUGGAGCCUCCGUCAAGAUUGAAAAGUGAAAGGAAACGUGUUAAAGCCAACACCCUAACACACCUUGAGAUGUAUGCUAGGGAUGGUCUACGUACACUGUGUUUUGCCAAGAAGGUUUUGACUGAACAGGCAUACGUGGACUGGUUAAAAAUCAGAAGAGAAGCGUUGUCUGCUAUCAAGAACAAAGAUGAACUGAUGUUGAGAUCUGCUGUCAAGAUAGAGACUGAGCUCACUCUGCUAGGUGCCACUGGGAUUGAGGAUCGUCUCCAAGAGGGUGUUCCGGACACUAUACAGGCUUUGAGAGUGGCUGGUAUGAAAGUAUGGGUGCUUACUGGGGACAAACCAGAAACAGCUGUCAAUAUUGCCUACUCCUGCAAGUUGCUGGAUAAGAGAGACCUGCUGUUCACACUCACCUUACCCAAUAAGGCUGCGUUAAAAUCUAGUCUGGACGGCGCGCUGGCCGAAGCACGUAAAUAUCCUCAGUCGAUGGACUGUUACGUGGGAAGUGUGACAUCAGAUGUCACUAUUGGUCUGGUGAUUGAUGGGCCAACGCUCAAUCUGGCUUUGGAGGAGGACCUGAAGGCCAGAUUCGUGGAGCUGUGCAAACACUGCCGCUCUGUGUUGUGCUGUCGAGUCACGCCUCUUCAGAAGAGUGAAGUGGUCAAACUGGUGCGGGACAAGCUGAAGGUCAUGACGCUGUCCAUAGGUGAUGGUGCCAACGAUGUGAACAUGAUUCAAGCAGCGGAUGUUGGUAUUGGAAUUUCUGGACAGGAGGGAAUGCAGGCUGUCAUGGCUAGUGACUUUGCCAUUGCACGCUUCAAACAUCUGAAAAAACUGCUCCUUGUCCACGGUCAUUGGUGCUAUACAAGACUGGCCAACAUGGUCAUCUACUUCUUCUAUAAGAAUGUGGCCUACGUGAACCUCCUCUUCUGGUACCAGUUCUUCUGUGGUUUCUCAGGCACUUCCAUGAUUGACUACUGGCUAUUGAUCUUCUUCAACCUGUUCUUCACAUCAACUCCACCCAUUAUGUAUGGGAUUAUGGACAGAGACGUCUCUGCCUUCACACUGUUGAAUCUUCCUCAGCUCUACAGGAUUGGACAACACUCAGAGGGAUACCGGCGUUCGGACUUCUGGCUUGCUAUACUGGAUUCCUUCUAUCAGAGUCUAGUUUGCUUCUUCAUCCCUUACUGGACAUACCAUGGCUCAGAUAUUGACAUCUUCACAUUUGGAACUCCCAUGAACACAGUGUCCUUGUUCACUAUCAUUUUACAUCUGGCUAUUGAGAUCCAAUCGUGGACCGUGGUUCACUGGGUGAUCAUGGUAGGGAGUGUUUUGAGCUACUUCAUUGUGACUCUGGCCUACAGUGCUGUUUGUGUCAGCUGCAACCCUCCCUCUGACCCCUACUGGAUCCUGCAGCAGCAAAUGGCCGAUCCUGUGUUUUACCUCGUUUGCAUCCUAACCACUGUUGUGGCGUUGCUACCCAGGUACACAGUGCAUGUCCUGAAGGGGACACUGGCUCCCUCCAUUCACCUUCACGCCCGUCAGCUGGAUCGCCUCAAUCCCUCUGAAAGGGAAAGUUGGAUCAGGGAGUGGCAAGACAUGUCAGUCCCAUAUCCUGACACGAUGUCCUCCCGUUCCCGUCCUCGUCCCAUCAACCCCGUAGACGGCGCUCCUCAGCCCGACAUCGCUUAUGCCCCUGAAAAUCCCUUCAGAACGAGAAGCAAUUCCUCCAUCUGUGACACAAGCACCUAG